CGCACACAAAGUGUUAAUCUAUUUGGGUGUCCUUUUCUUCAAAUCUUUCCAACAAUCAUCUCUUCGAUUCAUUCGAUAACAGCGCGCUCAUCUUUCAAUCAAUCACGCAAAAGCUGUUGAAGAAGAGCUGAUUCAAUCCCCCCCAAAAACAUUCUUUUUCCCCUUUCCUUUUUCACAGCUACUCAGCGCUUUUACACAAUCAUCACGCUCCGUAUCAAACAAACAAAUCUUGUGGUAAAUCUUCAAAUUUGCCCACCAUGAAUGCCGCUGAAUUGCUGGCAAACUCGCUCAGUCCUGAUGCGGCAACCCGUCAAGGAGCAGAGCAAAAGCUAUCAGCAGCAGCUCAAGAUAGUUAUCCGGCAUACAUGACAACUCUCGUCUCAGAAUUGGCAAACGAAAGUGCUCCUUCUCAUAUUCGUAACGCUGCCGGUCUUGCGAUCAAAAAUGCACUCUCGGCUCGUGAAGCUCAACGAUCAGACGAAUAUGCCAGAAGAUGGUUCGAAUUAUCCGAAGAUGUACGUAAUGAAAUCAAAACGAAAACGUUCAACACACUCGGCAGUCAAGAUUCUCGUGCUGGCUUGGCAAGUGCACAAGUGUUAGCAGCAAUCACAACUGUUGAAUUACCUCGAGGCCAAAGUCAAAAUUUGAUCAGACAAUUGCUAGAAGCAAUGGGAGAUGUCAACAAUAAAAAUCUUCGAAGGGCAACGUUGCAGGCAAUCGGUUUCAUCUGUGAAUCAGCUCCAGCGCGCACUCUUGAAAGUCAAUCCGACCAAAUCUUGACAGCAGUGAUUCAAGGUGCACAUCGCGAUGAAUCGUCGCCUGAGAUUCAAUUGGCCGCUUUACAAGCUUUGUUCAACUCUCUCGAAUUUGUCAAAGCAAACUUUGAACGAGAAGGAGAGCGUAAUUAUAUCAUGCAAGUAGUCUGUGAAGCAACGCAAACUGCAAACAUUGACAUCAAAGUGGCAGCAUACGAAUGUCUUGUGCGCAUCAUGCAGUUGUAUUAUGACAAGAUGCAUUACUACGUUGAACACGCUCUCUUUGGAUUAACCGUCAUAAGUAUGCGAGACCCCGAACAAAGAGUAGCACUUCAAGCAAUCGAAUUCUGGUCAACAAUUUGCGAAGAAGAGAUCGAUUUGGUUUUGGAAGCACAAGAAGCAGCAGAAUACGGCGAAGAACCCGUUCGGCCUUGCUACCAUUUCGCCCGUAUCUCAGCACCACAGAUCAUGCCCGUUUUGAUGGAAUUGCUACGACAACAAGAUGAAGAUGCUGAUGAAGACGAAUGGGAUGUCUCAAAGGCUGCCGGUGUUUGUAUUGGCCUUUUGGCGCAAUGCGUUGCAGAUGAUAUUGUGCACCUUGCCAUUCCCUUUAUCGAAGGCAACAUUCGCAGCACAGAAUGGAGAGAAAGAGACGCAGCCGUUCUUUGCUUCGGACAAAUCCUUGACGGUCCCGAUAUGCGUACUCUGACACCACUAGUCGAACAAGCUCUACCUACAAUCAUCGAAAUGAUGACAGAUUCUAAUGCAGCAGUGAAGGAUUCCGUUGCUUGGACGCUUGGAAGAAUUACAGACUUGCUCAUCGAAGUCAUUUCUCUAGAAGUUCAUUUGCCCCCUCUUGUGCGCGCGGCAAUCGCUGGACUUGGCGAUCGACCACAUAUUGCCAUGCUUAGUGGAUGGAUCUUGCUCAAUGUGACUGAUCAAUUGGGCGGCUCUGCAGCUUUGCAGCCCGAUGGCUCACCUGCACAAACAAGUCCAAUUUCACCGUUCAUGCCCGAUAUUGUAUCAAAUCUUCUAGCUGCAACUGAUAGACCCAACAACGAGCAUAAUGCACGUACAUCAGCUUACGAAGCAUUGUCGACCGCCAUGUCCGGCUGUGCGGCUGACUGCUUGCCUCUGGCCAGCACAACAAUUGUCACAAUGUUGGAUCGUCAAGAGCAUCUAAAUGGUGUCGUGUCUCAACUUGUUGGUAUUGAUGAUCGUAAUAAUUGGUCAGAAUUACAGACAAACAUUUGCAGUGUUAUUCAAGCAAUCAUUCGUAGAUUGGGCAAAGAAAUCGCACCGCUCAGCGAUAGAAUUAUGAACAGCCUUUUGACCACAAUCCAGAAUUGCGGAAGACAGAGUGAAGCAUUGGAAGAUGCAUUCAUGGCAGUUGGAUCGAUGAUCAUUGCGCUAGAAGCAGACUUUGAAAAGUACUUGAGCGCUUUCUCCCCUUUCCUAAGUGAAGGAUUACGAAGACAUGAAGAGACACAAUUAUGCAAGACAUCUGUGGGUUUGGUGGGUGAUAUUUGCCGUGCUUUGGGCAGUCGUGCAAACACCUACGCAGGAGAAUUCAUGAACGUUCUCUUUGGCAAUCUUCAAAGUCAAACACUCAGCCGAGACGUCAAACCAACGAUCUUGAGCAGCUUUGGCGAUAUUGCACUGGGAAUCGGAGCUGGAUUCGAGCCAUUCUUACAGACAACUAUGGCUGUUCUACAGCAAGCUGCCGCUUCUGUUGGCACGCAAAAUCCUGCAGAUUACGAAAUGAUUGAUUUCAUCAUCACUCUUCGUGAAGGUAUUGCAGAGGCAUACGUUGGAAUUGUAGGUGGAUUACGUGGUGACAACCAGAUCCAAUUACUCAAACCGUUUGUGGAAGCGAUCUUUACUUUCUUGCAAAGUAUUGCAACUGAUGCUGGUGCAGAAAGAACAGAGCCAUUGUUGCGCAGUGCAGUUGGUCUUUUGGGUGAUCUUUGUAACGCAUUUGGAUCGGGAGAAUUGAAACCAAUGCUUUCUGCAGGUUGGAUACCCGAUUUGAUCAAAGAAGCUCGUAAUCGCACAUUCGGUCAAGAGACAAGACGAACAGCUGCUUGGGCAAGAGAACAAGUCAAGAUUGCUUCUGCUGGAACUGGUGCUUCUGAUCUAGCGCAAGGCGCUCCUAAUUCAGUCAGUAUGCCAGCUACAGCAUAAAUUAUUUGUCUUGUGUCAGUCGUAGUGUUCAAUCAAUCCCUUUUGUCUUCUUUCGUCCAUUGUAAGCUUAACGGUGGACUUUUCUUUGGCCUUUCUCUCCUUUUUUCUCAACAAUCCAUACUCUCCUAGAGCAUCUUCAAUAUGUUGUUUUAUCAU